GACUUAAGUUUUGGUGGCCCUUAGCCAGCCUUCCCUCCCUCCUCACCCAAACAAAAAAAACAUCAAAGGGAAUAGUCUAUAUAUGAGUGAUCAAGGAACCUCUCAGAGAAGUACACGUAUUCUGAAGCAAGACAGAAGGUUAUCACAGGUGUUAUUGCAGGUUGAGGUGAGUCAUCCUGACAGUGUGAGAUGAUGAUCGACACUAACAAGACAUUUGCCGUACAUCAGGCUGCCUAUCAGGGCAAGUAUGAAGAGGUGAAAAUAAAUGUACUUGCGAACAACCGUCUCCUCACAGCUACAGAUGAUAGUGGAAGACAGCCACUACACUGGGCAGCCUGCGGGGGACAUGAAGAACUUGCCAGUUUUCUCAUAGAGCACGGAGCACCGGUUGACAAAGCUGAUGAUAGUGGCUGGUCACCAUUAAUGAUUGCGGCCUCAGCUGGGCGAGAGGAAGUGGUGAGGCUACUAAUUGGUCGAGGUGCAAAUAUCAAUACUCGGAACAGUGGUGGUCACUCUGCCCUCCAGUAUGCUGCAUCCAAGAACCAUCAAAAGAUUGUGUGCAUCUUGAUGGACAACUGCGCCAAUGUGACAACAAAUGAACUGAAAGCAACCCUUUUCACGUGCAGCAUCGAAAGACAUCUUGCAUGUGAGGAGGAGCGUCUUGAUGCAGUGCGGCUCCUCCUUGAACAUGGUGCCAGCACACAAAUUAUGAACAAAGCUGGCAAGAUACCAUUGGAGAUGACUUCCUGUCCAUCUAUUCGUCGCCUUGCAAACAUGAAUGAAAUGUGAUCAUUAACUACACAUGAAAAUCGCUUACAAAGGCAAAAAUGUCUUAGUAAUGACCUGUGCAUUAUUAUUAAGUUGCAUUACAAUAGUGAAGUCUAAUUUUCUUGUUAUGUAUUGUUAAAAUUGUCUGGUAAUUAUGUUAUGCACAGUUAGCAUUUUGUCUUUAUUUUCAUCAACCAUAUUAUUAGACUACGUAUAUCUAAAUAUUAAUUAAUUAAAAACGAUUUCUGGAAAUUUGAAGAAGUUAUUAGAUAAACUCCUUUUGUUACUAUUUUGUACUUCUCCCAAAAGAUGGACAUUGUUUAACAAAAGUACCUCCCACGCUCCCCAACAGGGGUUCCAUGUUAUCAUUGGGGAGGUUUUGAUCCAAGGAAUUGGCCCUGACCUCUUCCUUGCAUCAAACAUGAUGCAUGAUAACACUGACUCGGCACCUGAGUCAGUGUUAUCACAGCUGUGGUCUAGUUACUCUCUGGGGCCAAGUACCACCCUCAUGUAAUGAAUAUCUUGAGGCAUGUCACAGCACCAACAGAGCUGAAUUUUCUCUGAUUCUCUGGAUCAAAAGGGAAUUAAUUUUGUAGUAAGGAGAAGUAAAGAAAUUUUGUAUAAUAGCAGUUUAAAGCUGGCCAUUAGAGAAAACUGAUAUUGUAUAUUAAAGAUGAUUAAAGUAUA